AGAAAAUGCCAUAUCACCAAAUGGAAGUGGGUAUUUGCGGAUGAAGAUUCGAAGAUAUGCGUGAGUUGCCAGUGCACCGGCACUGAAACAGUACAUAUAGAGUGCUCUCCAAACCUUUUACGUGUCAUUUCACUGCAGUCUGCCCGGCUUCAACAUGGCAGCGCAAUGCAUUGCUGCCGCGUCCUUCCUGUCGCUCAUCAUGAGCGCGGUUCACUUCGACGCACCUACAACUCCGGCUACAGCACCAGGAGAGGUCGACUUCAUUGUGGUUGGUGGUGGGUCAGCGGGUGCCGUUGUGGCCAGCCGUCUAUCCGAGGUCGCUGACUGGCAGGUGUUGCUUCUUGAAGCAGGGCCUGAACAAGAGCCCUCGACUUACGUGCCUACGUUUUAUGGGUAUACCAGUGCUGUACCGGAGUAUGAUUGGUGGAUGAAAGUUGAAGAUACUCCAAACGACCACACAGGUUUUAUCUCAAGAGCGAAGCAGUUGGGUGGCUGUAGUUCCCACAACGGUAUGAUCUACUUCCGUGGGACCGAGGACGACUACCGUUGCUGGGAGAGCAAAGGUGCCAGAGGCUGGAGUUACAAGGAUGUGCUGCCUUUCUUUAAGAAGUCGGAGAACUGCCUCGACCCCGACUUGGCAAGGGAUAAGGUCCAUCAUAGUACAGGCGGGCCACUAGCAAUCCAGCGUAUGCCAUACAAGGAUGUAAACACGAAUCUCUUGCUCAGAGUAUACGGGGAGUCUGGACUGCGGGAAGUAGAUUUAAACGGUGGCCAUAAUGAGGGUUACGCGUGGUCGCAAACGACCACUGAGAAUGGGCGAAGAGUCAGCUCUAACACGGCGUUUUUGGAGCGACAACGAGCAAACCGUUGUAAUCUGCACGUAGUUACCAGUGCCCAAGUGUCCAAGGUCCUGAUCAACAGCAACACAAAAAGCGUCGAGGGGGUGAUCUUUACAGACAAAGAUGGAAACACUCGCACAGUCAAGGCUAGAAAAGAGGUUGUGCUCAGCGCAGGGACCUACUUUUCGCCACAGCUACUCAUGGUGUCAGGAAUCGGGCCAGCAGAAGUUUUAACUGAGGCUGGCAUCUCUGUCGUCGCUGAUUUGCCCGUUGGAAGCAACCUUCAGGACCAUCUUGUGAUCACCACCAUGCCAAGGUUAAAAUUAACUAAGACUGCGGUCGUUCCAUCCAUCGAUGACGUAUACAAAGAUAUUGAAGAUUUCUCUAAGGCUGACGGCCCGCGAGGCCCAGGGCCCAUUGGGACGAUGGGGACGGACUCGGUAGUGGUGCGGAUGCGCAGCCCCCUCCAGCCUCGGCACGACCGCAGACCCUACAUCUACAUACAGCACCCGGCUGUCGGGUGGCUCGACGGAGUUGAACGCACGCCGUACUGCGCAGACGGAACCACAUCGCCGAACGGAACAGCAAGCUACUAUGACUCGAUAAUGCCGUUCGUCGUUCUACUGCAUCCAAAGGACAGCGGGAGAGUGAGCAUCAACACCACAAACCCACUUGGACCUCCCGUCAUCAGUCAGAGGGUUUUCCAGAACUAUGAGGAUGUUCGGGCUUAUGCAGCUGGCCUAAAGAAAGCUGUAGAUAUACUUUCUUCAUCAAGGAGCCUCCGAAAAUCGGGCGUUACACUAAUAGUCAAUGGUGGUGAAGCAUGCAAACACAUCCCUAAAGGAUGUCAGGCCUGGUACGAGUGCCUCGUCCGCACCGAGGGUGGAGCCACUUGGGGUCACGGCGUGGGCACGUGCAGUAUUGGCUCCGUGGUGGACUCAAGGCUGCGCGUCCUAGGCGGGGUGCGCAAUUUGCGCGUCGCCGACGCCUCUGUCAUGCCCUGCGUCCCGGGCGGUGGCACCAACGGCCCCAGCAUGAUGAUCGGCGAGAGGGCGGCAAACUUUAUCAAACUCGACCACGGCGUGUCUUUGUAGCUGUCCCCCGACGAUAUUGUAUAAAUUAGACGAACUAUAUGCAAAUUUGAAAA